GCCUCGGUGCGCGAGCGGCUCAUCCCAUCUUUGCAUCAGGAGGCGGCAGACCUAGCGGCCCAGUGGCUCCCACCGGGCCACCCAGUGCGAGAGCUCUCGGAGCGGACAGAGGCGCAGGAGGCGUCACGAAGGGCAGACACCGGAGCUGCAGGUGAGCCGAUGCAGGAUCCAUGGGGCCUGAACCAACUGCACGUGACAGACGACGAGCC